GAUUCGCCCUCUCGGAGGGAGGCUCGUCUGUUCGGUCUCCAGCUUCGGAUCCCUGGACCCUUUUGGCUGGCACCUCUUGUAGUCUCAGGUGACUGCAUCCUGCCCAGCAUGGCAGCUCCCUUCCUACCCCCACCACCAGACCCCCAGUUCGUCCUCCGAGGCACGCAGUCAGCAGUGAACGCAGUGCAUUUCAGCAGAGGAUCCCAGGCUCAGGAGUGCCCACUCCUCUUCUCAGGGUCUCAGAGUGGCUUGGUACACAUCUGGAGCCUACAGACUCGGAGAGCAGUCACCACCCUGGAUGGCCAUGGGGGUCAGAGUGUGACCUGGCUGCAGUUGCUGCCCCAGGGUUCCCAGCUCCUCAGUCAGGGCCGGGACCAGCGACUGUGUCUGUGGGACCUGGCAGAGGGCAGGAACGCUGUUGUGGACUCCGUGCACCUAGAGAGUGUGGGCUUCUGCAGGAGCUCUGUCCUGGCUGAUGGGCAACUGCACUGGACACUUGCUGUGCCAGGGAAGGGCACUGAUGAGGUUCAGAUUCUGGAGAUGCCAUCCAAGACGUCAGUGUGCACCCUGAAGCCCGAGGCAGACGCCAAGCCAGGCAUGCCCAUGUGCCUGGGGCUGUGGCAGGCCAACUCCAGUCCCCGCCCCCUCCUUCUAGCUGGGUAUGAGGAUGGAUCAGUGGCCCUGUGGGACAUCUUGGAGCGGAAGGUGUGCAGCCGUGUCGCCUGCCACGAGGAACCCAUCAUGGGCCUUGACUUCGACUCCCAGAAGGUCAGGGGCGUCUCGGGCUCUGCGGGGAAGGCACUGGCUGUCUGGAGCCUGGAUGGGCAGCAGUCCCUGCAGGUGUGCAGCACUCAUGAACUCACCAAUCCUGGGAUCGCUGAUGUCACAAUCCGGCCAGACCAAAAGAUCCUAGCCACUGCAGGCUGGGACCACCGCAUCCGGGUAUUUCACUGGCGGACAAUGAAGCCUCUGGCUGUGCUGGCCUUCCACAGUGCCUCCAUCCACUGUGUGGCCUUUGCCACCAAUGGCUUGUUGGCUGCAGGGUCCAAGGACCAGCGCAUUAGUGUGUGGUCUCUCUACCCAUGCGACAGCCACUCCCUUUUCGGGAGACAGAAGACAGGAGAUGGGCAUUUCAUUACAGCCUGACCCAGUCAUGGGAAAACUGACCCUCCAGAGACCCUGAGGACAGUAAGAUGUGGCCCAAGGAUCAUGGAGUCCUCACUUUCUUCAUAAUGUUUACUACUCAGUUUUAUGAACUGCGUCAUCCAUAAGACGGUGACUUUGGUGACCAGCCAGACACCUGGCACCUGUGGCCUGGAGAGAGGCAUAGCUUGGGUCUAGCACUGUUGCCAACCUCUGGGUAUUUUACAAUAAACUUCCAUUGCAAACCUGCAGGCUCAAGGUGGGAAGUCUCCAAGGGACGUCCCUGACCCCCUGCUUAGUGUCAAAAUCCUCAGAUUCUCCUGGAUGGGCCCCAUCCUCAGCCUUGCUAUUGAGUGGGGGUGACUGAGUGCAGGUGUCCAGGGCAGGGCCCCACUUGCCAACUGUGGUCUCCUGCUGAUGUCCCCAUGGCUCCUUACUCCAGAAAAUAUCAGGAACUCCUGAUGCCCAGACUGAAACCAAGAUUGGGAAAAGGAUGUCACUGAUCCCCCCUAAAGAGCGAGGCAGAAAAGGGACUUAUAAGGAGUGGCCAGAGUGGUCAGGGCAGAAGCUUGUGGUGCACAGAAUGAGACCAGACACAGGAUUAGGGAAGGGGGUGCCCGCCCCAGACAGGACAAGGUGAAAGGGGGCAGGCCCAUCUCCAGGCGAGCCUGGCGGGAGGAUGUGGACCCUCUGUGGUAGCUGGGGGCACAAGCACAGCUGUGUGGCACAUGAAGCAGCAACACCAUGAAAACUAGUUGUGAACAUCCAGAGUUCCCUUC